AUGGCAACAAUGCCGAAUGGCAGUCGCAUCGCAUCGCACCUUGUUCGAGGACAGCAAACAAGAACAACAACCUGGAUCCUGGACGACACGCUGCUUGUUGGGCUGACGUGGACAAGGCGUUUCGGCGCCGAAUGGAAGCUGCUUGGGGGCAAACACAACAGCAGACGUGCUCUCGCAACGCAGGGCGGUGGGAGGUCUGAGAUGUCACAUUUCUGCCGGAUAUCUGCCGGUCGCCAUGGAAAGUAA